AUGAAUAAAUACUAUGUCGUUCUCAGAGGCAAGGUUCCGAGGAUCUACACUGAGCAGCUGCCAGUCACCCUGGGUGCAUAUAAGAACCCACUACCAGUUGUUGUUCAUGGCGUGAACAUUGACGAGGCAUAUGAAGUGUUCAAAUUGCAGCCAAUCUUCCGUGACACAGCCGGAAGUCUCGAUGAGCCUGCUGAUGAGGUGGUGGACCAGAUUGUGAAGGAGUUACAUACCUCUCACAUAGCAAAGAUGAUUCUAGGCAAUCACAAGGUGAAGUACAUUGUGUGGUGUGGGGCGAAGACCGGUAUAUUCUUGAGCUGGGCUGACUGCAAGCCCAAUGCUCAGAACUUUCUGAAUGUGAAUCAUCAGAAGGUGAAGAACCUUGACGAAGCCAUCACAUUGUACAUGUAUAAAGGGAUCUUACCUGACAUGCGUCAUUAUACUACUAUGGAGGAUUCAGUAUUGCGAUCGCGCAUCGUAAGCGAUGACAUACAAGGCCACAUGAAGCCAUUAGCAUCUGUCAGAGCUGACGAAAAUAGCAUGUUCAGAUUCUUCCAAGGUCUUACGAUGCAAGCGCAGACUAUGCAUGUUCACACAGGAAGAUGUGACACAACUCAAUUGCAAGAGGCUACAUGGUGCAAUGAUUCUUCUGACACUGGCCACACUCACACAGCCCGAAGGGCGGCUUCCACCUCCACACAGCAAACAUCAGAAGCUCACAUUUCCAUGCCUGCUGGGAAACUCUCACCUGUGCCUGCCCACCUCCAUAUGUGA